AUGAACUUUCCUGUUGUGGAUGUUUGGGCAAAUCCCAUAGCCCUUGAUGGUGUACCCGAGGCUCAGCGGCUCUUCCAACAAAGUCAUGCCGAUCCUGACCUCCUGCGACGUCGACCAACACCUCGGGAAUUGAUCGCCAUGAUGGACUCAGCAGGUGUCUCACAGAUCUGUCUGGCAUCGUGGCGCCGGCCUGGCAAGGUGGUUUUCUCCAACGAUCAAGUCGCCGAGUUCACCAGGGCAUACCCUGAUCGAAUUUUCGGCCUCGCGUCGGUGGACUUGCUGGACCCUGUAAAUGCUGUGAAAGAACUCGAGCAUUACGUGGUAAAAGAGGGCUUCAAAGGCUUGCGCGUCGUGCCAUGGUUAUGGGGUCUGCCCCCCACAGACGCUCAUUACUGGCCGCUGUUUGUCAAGUGUAUCGAGCUUGACAUCCCAUUCUGUACCCAAGUUGGUCAUACCGGUCCUCUGUGUCCGAGUGAACCAGGUCGCCCGAUCCCCUACAUCGACACCAUUGCCCUCAAGUUCCCUCAACUUAAAAUCAUAUGCGGUCACAUAGGAUAUCCUUGGACGGCUGAAAUGGUAGCCGUCGCUUGGAAGCAUGAGAACGUCUAUAUCGAUACCAGCGCGUAUCUCCCCAAAUACUAUCCCUCGGAGCUGAUCACUUUUGCCAAUACGACUGGACGCAAGAAGGUCAUGUUCGGGACCAAUUUCCCCCAGCUGACUUGGAACGCUUGUGUUGAUAGCGUUGAGAAGCAUCUGUUGGCAGAAGGAGGCUUUCGGCGCGAAGUGGUUGCAGAAUUCAUGGGUGGAAAUGCGAGGAGGGUAUUGAAGCUAGACGCGCCGGUGACACAGAAAGCAAAAGCCUCGCUUUGA